CAGAUAGACAAAUCUACAGAAGGAGUUUAUUCAAGUAUUACCCAGGGUGCCAGGAAGAAAAAGACAUCUGAAGUGAUUUUUAACCCCUUUAAAAAUACUUACUGUUAAUUUUAUGAACUCAAUCUUUUAUAAAUUAUCAAGGUGGAAAUAAUUUUCUUAGCUGGAGCAUUUUUAAGGGACUUGACAAAUUUGCAAGGCGUGUGUAUUCUACAAAUAUGAAGGAAUAUAUACUUCUACUUCUUGUGGCCUUAAGUUCUGCAAAGCCUUUCCAAAAGCCUUCAUAUUUCACCUUUAAAAAUAUAAUGCUCAUGGAUAUGGAAGAUCUGGAUGAUGAUGAUGAUGAUGAUGAUGAUGUUGACGAUGAUGAUAAAGAUGACAAUUCCCUUUUUCCUACCAGAGCACCCUUGAUACCAGUUGACAUAUUUCCAGUAUGUCCCUUUGGAUGUCAGUGCUAUUUAAGAGUUGUCCACUGUUCUGAUUUAGGCUUGACUUCUGUACCAAGGAAUAUUCCAUUAGAUACUCGUAUGAUAGAUCUUCAAAACAACAAAAUAAAAGAGAUCAAGGAAAAUGAUUUUAAAGGACUUUCAUCACUAUAUGCCCUUGCCUUGAACAACAACAAAAUAACAAAGAUCCAUCCUAAAGCGUUUCAGUCAACAAACAAGCUGCGGCGCCUCUACUUGUCCCAUAAUCAUUUAACUCAGAUCCCAGAAAAUCUGCCAAGAAGUUUAGCUGAGAUAAGAAUUCAUGACAACAAAGUUAAAAAGAUUCAUAAAGAUGUAUUUAAGGGAAUGAAGUCUUUACAUGUUUUAGAAAUGAGUGCAAAUCCUCUUGACAAUGAUGGGAUAGAACCUGGGGCUUUUGAAGGUUUGACAGUCUAUCAUAUAAGGAUAGCAGAAGCAAAAUUAACAUCUGUACCAAAAGGGUUACCAUCCAGUCUACUGGAACUUCACCUAGAUGACAACAAAAUCUCUGCAAUUGAACUUGAAGAUUUCAUUCGAUAUAAAAAUCUUCAGAGGUUGGGGUUGGGAAACAACAAAAUCAAGGAUGUGGAAAAUGGAAGUUUUGCUAAUAUACCAAAUAUUAGAGAAAUCCAUCUAGAAAAAAACAAACUGAAAAAAGUACCUGUUGGUCUUCAAGAACUAAAAUAUCUACAGGUUGUCUUUCUUCACUCAAAUAGUAUUUCAAGUGUGGGAGUGAAUGAUUUUUGUCCAACAGAAAGAAAGCUGAAGAAAACAUUAUAUAAUGGCAUAAGCUUAUUCAAGAAUCCUGUCAAAUACUGGGAUAUCCAACCAGCAACUUUUCGUUGUGUACUAAAUAGAAACAGUGUGCAGAUUGCAAAUUAUGGAAAAUAAAAUAGUACUGACAAAGUAUUAUUGAAGUACUAUUAUUAAAACCACCAUUACAAAACUUGAAACUGUUAAAAUCUGUAAAUUAUACUGCCCAAUUUCUUUAAAAAACUUAUACAAGAUUUAAUACAUUAAAAACACAACACGCAUUAAAUUUGUUCAAUUUAUUGCUCUAUACUUUUAAUUUGUGUAAUUUAGGAAUCUUUCUAGAAUAAAUUGUUUCUUAGCACAAAAUUGGGUUGUUUUAUUCACUGAGAUCCACAUUAGGUUCCCUUUUCUUAUAGAAGUAAAUAGUAAGUUUUAAAACAAUUUUCAGGGAUUAAAUAAUUUGUUAUGUACUGGAAAGAACUCCUGUAUAAGUAUUGAUCAUAGCUCAACAAAAGUAAACUAAACUGGCUUUAAAAAGCUUUAUAGGGCACUUUAUUAUUAAUCUGAUAAUCUUAUUCAUUAUGACACUAGACCAUAUUUAAAUAUUUAUGCUAAAAUUGAAAGAUAAACCUAAUAUCAAGCUCUUUAGCCUCAAAGGCUUUAAUAUUUAUUCAUGCGGAUGUCUUGGAAGUAUACACUAAUUUUAUAACAAAAACAUAUAUAAUCUGAAUAUUAACCAUGUAGAAAUAUUUUUAAGAGAGAAAUUAGUAUAUCCUCUGCACAAGGAGCACAAAUACACAAUCUUGUAUUUCCUGUAAGAGGUUAGUCCAGUUAGGUUAGAAUUUUAAGAUCUAAGGUUAGAAAAGUAUUUUAUUUUGUGGUAAAAUAUUUUAGGCAUAUGGGGAUCUUGAUCAUGUGCAGCUCAUAAACAGGAGACAAACAGAAAGAGAGAGAGAAGUUAUUGUAUGCAGAGAGUCAAUGACAGUCACAGACUGUUAUACCUAUAAAUAGUUCAUUUAAAUAAACUGAAAACUGCAUUAAAAUCAUUUAUUUUCCCACAAGCAGUUAUAGGUAUUCUGGCUAGCCUUCCCUUUACAUGUGAGAUAAACAGAUAAAUAGCUUUAAAGACAGAAAACAAUAACACAAAUUAAUACAGAAUAAAGAAAAUAAAGGAAGAAAAAAGCUCUUCACAUGUGUUUUCACUUGAUGUAAACAAUACACUUUCAUGACUAAUUUAAGACUUUUCAACUUCUUGUCUUUUAUGUAUUAUUAAAGCUGGAUCCAAUUCUUGUAUAUUUCUGCUUUAGUACUGUAACUUUGCUUUAGUCCAACUUGCAUGUACUGUAUACAAAAAUUAUGGUUGUUUAACUGAUGAUGGUACUGUAUGAAAAUAGCUAUCUACUUCUAUAUUUAAUGCAUUGUUCAUUUAAGUUAAGAGAAUAGAAAAACGCUCAGUUGUUUUAUU